AUGGUAGAUUCUUAUCAUUGCAACCCAUUGGCAUUCUUGUUUGCUUUGCCUUUUGCUUUUAUCGCGUUGUUUCUAUCUCUCGUCGGAGCACUCAUAUGGCUCCUCGGGUCAUUGUUGAGUUGUUUGUGUCCUUGUUGUAUGUGUUGUGCCGGAAUUGGAAGAAUGGCCGUAAAGAUGGUAAAGCUUCCUAUUAAAAUCAUUUUAUGGUUCAUUCAAAAGAUUCCUUGUUGA